GGAAUCAUUUUUAUUGAAAAAGAUGGAUGGAGAGGCAGAAUAUAAAGAAAACGAGGUGAAGAACACGUCAGAAGCUUCAUUCAGUGAGAAGGACAAUUCUCCACUUCCUGUGAAUGGAAAUAAAAAAGAAGGUGCCCCAGCUGAAAUAGCUGCAUCAGAUCUUCAAGAAGAAAACUAUGAAAGUAUGAAAGCUACUGAAGAGCCUGCUGUAGAAGCAGCCACCUCUGAGCUAGGGGAGAGCAGUGGAAAUGAGAUCCAUGGUGUCCACAAUACAGGUGAAGACUUGGACGGGAAGGUGAAUGAACUCAAUGACCAACCAGUGUCCAGUGAGAAAAGUAUUGUUUUUGAGAUCAAUAGCAGUAAUGACAUUGGAGUUCCCAGACUGCAUCUUGACACCGCACAGAGAGAAAACACAGCCCGUGCACAGGAGGAAGAAGAGGCGGACAGAGAAGAGGACUUCAGCCCUGCCCCUUUAGACAAAGAAGGCAUCAGCUAUGAAGAGUACAUGCAGCUUCUUCAGGAGCUGUAUAAGGAGAGAGAUCAAGCAGGGCAUCACAGCAGCCAGCUCCAGACGAAGCUGGCAGAGUACCUCCGUAAGAAGGCCAGGGAUGAAGGACAGCUGGACAGCAAAAUUCAGGUGUCAGAGCAGCUUCAGGAGUAUGAGAAGUACAUUAAUAUUUUGACUGACCUGAAACAGCAGCUUACCACUGACUCAGAGACAGCCCAGCAGCAGACAGAAGAGCUGCGGUUACAGGCCCAAGAGAAGCUGGACAAGGUUGGUCCUACUGCAAGAGCCUGUGUGGACAAUGAGUGGCGAGCAUUCAUGGCACUGAAGCAGGACGUAGCUGUGACAAUGCUAAGUCGACGCCUGGGCAAACAAGCUGCUCAGGCCAAAGUGGAGUCAACCCUGGCAGCAGAGCAGCUUCGGCAGGAUGAUCUGAUCAAGGUGCGGCUCAAGCACAUCAAGCUAAAGCUCAAAAUUCACAAGCUGGAAGCAGAGCUCAGAGAUUGGGAAGAACAUGGCAGGGACACCCUGCAGCUCCAGUUUGAACAGUUGCAGGUUCAGAGGCUAGAGCAAAAAAAACAAGCUGAAAAACAAAGUGAGGAAUUGUUAAAGCUGCAGAAGAAGAUGAGCAGCAGCUUGGAACUCCUGUCAAACAUAAAAGAGAAGCUCUUCUGGAGCCAGACGGAGAUCCAGGCCAAGCGAGAGCAGCUGGCUGAGGUGGAGGCUACGGUGGCCAGGAAGAGGGACCUCCUGACCAGGACCAAGCAGGCACGCAACAGGCUGCAGAGAGACAACCAGAGGCUGAAGGAGUGUUGCGGAUUGCUGGGGAACAGGGUCCUGCUGCGGGACUUUGAGGACACUGUGGAUGCCUCUGACCUCCUGGGGGAACAACUGGAGAAUCUGAAGUGCCGACAAGCUGAAAUUGCCUUCAGCUCUGGCAGAUGGAAGAAGCCUCAGACAACAUGAAGGAAUGACUCACUUAUCAUCUUAAAUUGCAAUCAGACUACACAGUAUCAGAAUGAUAUUCAUCAGAUGAGGACCAUCAUGGAACGAACAUGAAUAUGAGAUCUUAAAAUGUGUAGUUCUAUCCUGUGUAACGUGUUAUUAUAAACAAUGAACACCUCUGCAAUUAGGGAACUUCGCAAGUUUGUGAACCAAAGACAAGGCCUAUGACACUUUGAAAGUCCUGGUCCUGGAAAUACUGUAAAAGCUAUGAUGUUUAAAUCACUGUGAAAAGCCUGUACAGUCAUGAUUUGUAACUUAAAUCAGAUUGCAAUAAACAUGUCAAAGUCAAAAUAAAA